UGAUGGGUACAAACUACUCGUUGUUGGUCUAAUCAUAAAGCAACAGAACAAGAAUAGAUUUGUACGCAUUGACUCUGUUUUGACGUUUCACUCUAAAUUACACGAGUUCAACGAAACACAUUCCUGAUAGUAAUUAAUCAAGACGAUAAUUGUAUGCAUGUGAAGUGACAAAAGGCACCUCAUUGCCAUAAAAAGAGUCAAGUAACAUCAACAAAUUAACGCUGAAAAAGUCAACGGAUUAAUACGCCUCAUUCUAUUGUUCGGUAUUUCAGAUAUCAAGAUGCCAUUGCUGUACAGUGUAGUUGCACGUGAUGCUACAAUACUUGCCAAGUACGCAUCAUGUUCAGGGAAUUUCGAGGAAGUAACUGAACAAAUUCUGUCAAAAAUACCACCACAGAAUGACAAACUCACGUACUCCCAAGGGCCUUAUCUUUUUCACUACAUCAACGAGGACAGAAUCAUCUACAUGUGCAUCUCCGAUGACGACUUUCAAAGAUCGAGAGCAUUUUUGUUUCUCAAUGAGAUCAAGAGGAGAUUCCAAGCAACCUACGGAUCUGGUGCACAGACCGCCCUGGCCUACGCGAUGAACACUGAAUUCUCAAGGGUAUUAGCCAACGAAAUGAGACAUUACAGUGAGUCGAAGGACAUCGAUACUCUAUCGAAAGUACAUGGAGAAUUGGAUGAAUUAAAGGACAUUAUGGUCAGAAAUAUCGAUAACAUCGCAAUGAGAGGAGAGCGACUGGAGCUGCUAGUAAAUAAGACUGAAAAUUUGAGUGCUAGUUCCGUAACGUUUCGAAAAACAAGCAGAAACUUGGCACGAUCUCUAUUCUGGAAAAACAUAAAAAUCUACGCUAUUGUUGGAGCUGUUCUGAUCGUAAUCGUCUAUUUUAUUGUCUCUAUAUUCUGUGGAGGACUUGCCUGGCAGAAAUGCGUUGGAAACUGAUCGCGAUAAAUGACAACAAAUAGAAACAAUGAAAUAAAAUUAAUCGAGAACAUAUUUGUGAUGCAUCACAGCUAUUCGAUGUAUUCAGAGUACCAGAGAAAUUUAUUAACUCGUAAGAACUGUAUAUAAUGUACGAGUCCUGGUUAUCCCAUUAUUUAACGAGCAUUAAUUAACGACCCAGUAGAGAUGAAGAUUUGAUAAGACGUCCAGAGGAUAAUAAUUAUGUGUAAUACUUGUAUCUUGACAGCUCAAUUGAGUCGGACAUUGAUGGAAUGCCAGAGGAUGGAAAGUUAUGUAUUUUUGAUUAUUCAUGAAUAAAAUAUAUGA